AGCGACUGUCCCAUUCGAACAUUCUCCAUCUCGGAAUCAGUGAGUGGAGCGUCUCUUGAGUGGUAGUAGGUCGGAUCACUGCUGACAUUCCCCUUCUCGUUGCGGUCUUCUGCUCUCCUGCUACCUAUUUACGUUCCCCAUUUCGUUUUCCAGAGAUGCCUUCCCAUGUGCCGAUCGUGAAAAAGCGCACCAAGCCAUUCAAGCGUCAUCAAUCGGAUCGUUAUCACUCUGUCAAAGAAGCAUGGAGGAAGCCCAAAGGUAUCGACAAUAGGGUCAGGCGUCGGUUCAAGGGGCAGCUACCCAUGCCCUCCAUCGGGUACGGCUCGAACAAGAAGACCCGUCAUUUGAUCCCUUCUGGGCACAAAGACUUCCUGGUUCACAACAUCUCCGAACUUGAAUUGCUCCUCAUGCACAACAACAAAUACGCAGCCUCGAUCGCCCAUGGAGUCAGUAGCAAAAAGAGAGUGGAGAUCAUCGCCAGAGCUAGAGCAUUGGGAGUCAAAGUCACCAACGCAGCGGGCAAGUUGCGAACCGAGGAGGCCUAGAUGAGUAUCAUGGAACGCAUGCUGCCGUAGCUUGGAUGUAUGAUAUCUCAUUACUCUC